UGUGCAGCUUCACUCCUGAGACAAACUUGUGUGGAUGGAGCAAGACAUCUUUCUCCGUCCAUCCCUCACAUACCAAGUCAGACUGACUUUGCUAUCAUUCACCGACUCUUUAUUUUGUCCUUGUAUCUGGAGUGACGGACUGAGAGGAGAAAAGAAGCAGGUUGUUUAGACCCGGAGGAAGAGAGUGAGGCUGCUCGAAACAGGACAUCACCAGAAACCAGAUCAAGAUCCAGAGGAGACAGCCAUCAUGUGUGACUGUUUUCACCUGGCAUUUCCCAACUGGCAUGCGUCAGCCACGGGUGAAGGGCGAAGGCUGAAGGGACCAGAACCAGACACAGAGGAUGAUUUAGCAUGUGAGGAGCCUGAAGUUUUAGAGGAGGAAAGACCUCGUCCUCAGGGUUCCUCUCCUGUUGAGGAAUUCCCCACCACAGAAAAAUACGAAAAACAGGCUGAAGGUGACUUCUAUGACUCACCCACCAAGAGUUCCAAAAAAAGCAAAAGGAUUGGUUUUGGCUCACUGUUUGACAAGCGUUCCUCUGCCAAGAUGCAUCAAACAGAGGACAUGCAAAAUGAUCAGUCAGAAAUAGUGAAAACUGAAAAAGAAGUCUGUGCUGAGGGUUUGGUUGUAAGUGGAGGGGGAAAGGAUGGCAUAUUCAUCAAGGAAGUAAAACCAGAGUCACCGGCCUCAAAGAAUCUAAGUGUGAAAGAAGGUGAUCAGAUUCUUAGUGCUACAGUAUACUUUGAUAAUGUGUCAUAUGAGGACGCCCUCCAGAUUCUUGAGCAUGCUCAACCAUAUAAAGUGGCAUUCUGUCUCAAACGCAAACCACCUCCAAGAACCCAGGAAGACGCUGAGACAAUGAGGCCAGAUAUAACCAUUGGUGAGGAGGCUGAAGGAGAAGAGGAAGGAGGAGGACCAGAAAUGAGAGGUCGAAGAAAGAUGAAAAAACAACACGAUCGCAUCUCUUGGCCCAAAUUCCCCACCUUCAGCAAAGGUCGGAGGGCAAAUUUUAAGAGAUCUCACAGCACAUCAGAAGCAGAAGAACAGAGAAAAUUAGAGAUAAGUCCACCAACAAGUGACACAGAAUCUCCCAUUAAGUCUCCAUUAAAAUCAACAGAUGAAAAAGAGAAGAAAAAGACACACAAGAUGAAACUGAAGAUGAGGAUGGUAGACUGUAGGAGCAAGUCUGUUGAAGAAACCCAAGAAAAUGAAGAGGUACCGACAACAGACUAUAUGGAGGUCUCGGACAACCAAAUUAUUAUGAAUAUAGCUGUAGAGCAAGUGCCAGGGAUUAAUGUGUUAGAGAGUCCUAAAAUCUUGAAUGAAGCUGAAAAUACUGACUCUGCUAAGACAAGGAAUGAAUAUACAUUCCCGACUUUGCAAGCAACUGAAUCGCUACAUUUGGCUAAGCUCAUCAGUUUGGACACUACUUCAAAGACUACUGAUAUUACAGUUUCUCUUGGAGAGGAUGACAAAGAAAGGAGAGAGAGAUCAGAACUGAAGGACAGCAUUCCAGGAAAGGAUAUAUAUGCGACAGAAACAGAGAGCCAAUUAAAAUCCUCCACAAGUGGGAUGCGGACUUCGGAUGCAUCAGCCUUCGACAAUAUUAUGGACAGUCCUAAUGUAAUAUCACAAAUUGAAGCAGUUGGACAUCAAGUUGAUUCUGACAGCAAACCAAUAAUUGAAGAGAUUGUAGAGAAGACCCAAAAGUCAGGAGAAAUGGACAUGGAUAUAACUAAAGUUGAUGUUUCUUUUGACAUGCCAGAUGUACCAAUAAGCAAAUCACCAAGAAUUGGUAUCGACAAGGAAAAGAAAGAAAGAAACAUCCUAGAAACAGAAAGCUAUGGGAUUCGAACCAGGGGACCAAUGGCAGACAUAGCCACAUUAAAGAGCCCUUUUGCAUCAUCAGACACUUUCACUUUUGAGAUUCAAACUAAACAAGAUGUGUCCUCAAUGGCCAUGGACACAAAGAAACCAGUUAUAUCCCAGCCAAAAUCCCAUGCUCUGGAAGUGGAUAAAAAUGGGGAGAGUACUAAGAUGGCUGACACUGAAGUAAUAAAAAAAGCAAAUUUGGAAUCAGAUUUUAAACUACCUAAGAUGGAUCUCUCUGGAUUCAACCAUGAAGACUCAAUAACUAUAAGCCAAAGAGACCCCAACAAAGUGCCUCUCCUGAAACGAGAGGAAAUUGAGAUUCCUGGCAAGGAGGAUAAAGGAUCAACAACUAAAUUUAAGUCUCCUAGAAUUAAAGAACAAAAGGUUGAGAAGAUAAUAAAUAUCUCAAAAUCAGAAAAACCCCAAGCAGUGUUUAAUGUUCAGGAUGUAAAGGAAGCAGUAUCAAAAUUUCCUGCCUUUAAAUUACCCGAGAGAGACAUUACAGGAGUCCUUGUACAAAGAGAGAUCGCAAUAAAAUCUGAAAAGACUGGCAUGACACCUAAAGGAUCCCCUAGUAAACUUUCGAACAUUAGCACAGAAAUAAACAUUAAGUUACUUGACACAAUGGAUAAAGAAGAACAGAGACUUUCUCCUGUUGCUGCAAAGGAUCAAGACAUCUUAUUACCUAAAAGUGAACAAUUUCGUCUUUAUGAAACAACUGUAACUGAGAGCAAAACAGACCAAACUAAAAUUAAGCCAGCAGAUCACAAACCCAAAUCUGACAAAAUGUCAGUGAGGGAUACGACAAGUACUUCCCCAGAUGUAAAAUUCAAACUUCCAAAGCGUGAAGACAUUGAAAUACCUGGAAUGGAAGCCAUUGAACAAUCAGUUCAAUUGCAAAAAAUCAAAGUAGCCAAAGAUACAGACACACGAGAUGAGGCUGUGAAAGACUAUACUGAUACUGAUAUCAAAGCUGAGAGAAAAGGACAUGAAAAGAAAUCAAAGAAAGCAAAGAUAUCUAUGCCUAGUUUUGAGAUCAAGGCACCUGACAUUCGCUUCCCAGGUAUCGCGAUUGAAUUACCAAAAAAGGAUACAUCAUCUAAAAGUGAUCGUGAUGCAAUCAAGGAGAUGAAAACUGAAGCAAAAAUAUCUAUUGAUGACGACCAUGUAGCCAUUAAAAAAGAAGCAACAUUCGAAAAAUCUCAAAAAAGUGAAAGUUGUGCACCUGAGCAUGAAACUAAACAAGCACAUGAUAUAGAGGGUGAUCAAAUGCUCCAUCAUGGUGUUUGCACUGGCAUUAAUGAAACCUCAAAACAAGAUGUUGAUGGAGAACUGAAGGUUGAAAUCAAAAGCAAAGACACAGAUUCCUCUCCACAUAAAAAGAAGAUGCCUAAAUUCAAAAUGCCCAAAAUUGGAGGGAAAUCAUUGAAAGGAACAACUGAAGUCACUACAAAAGAGGAUGCUACAGUGGACGAUUACACAAUGGAGAUUGCAUUAAAUUCUGAGAAAAGAACAUCUGAGACUGAUCCCAAAGCAUAUAGUUCAGAAACAGACACAAAUUUAAAUAAAUUAAAAAUGCCAAGCAUAGAUGUUUCUGUUCCAAAAACUAAAAUCCCCAAGACAGAGGGAAAAUCAAAGCAGGAGGAAACUGCGCUCUCAACACCUGAAAGGGUUGGGAAAGUUGACAAGAAGGUUGAGGCUGCAGAGGAUACUCGAGAAGAGAGUGGAUUUAGACUGAUCAAUGUUGGUGUCUCAUUGCCAAAAUCGAAAACAGAAGAAGCUGGUCUGUUACCAGAGGAAUCUAAAAAAUCUAUCAUAAAGGUCAGUGGAACAACUGAAGUGGACCCAUCUGAACUACCACAAGCUGGAAUAAAAGAAACAGAGUCUAAAAUGAAGAAAAGGAAAAUAUCAUUUCCCAAAUUUGGAUUCUCUAAAUCAGAGACAAAAGUAUCUGAUGCUGACAUAACUCUUCCAACUGCACAGGGUUCUUCACAAGGUGCAGAUGAGAUAGAACUAGAUGUUGAAAGUAAGACUACAGACGUUGAAGCUGAGUUCAAGGAUUCAACAGAUUCUCACACAAAAUUUAGACUUCCCACAAUUAAACUUCCCAAAUUAGGAGUUUCAUUUCCAAAGACAACCGAUGCUGGGGCUGAUAUUCAAAUGCCUGAAGUCAUCACAGAUAAAACUACAAAGGCUGUUAAAUUGCCAGAAGCUAAAUUAUCUGUAGAACCUACAGCUCUAUCGGACAAAAACGACCUGAAGAUGACUCUCAGUGUAUCCAAACCUGAAGUUGACUUGUCUUUACCUGAGGGAAAAACAGAAAUCAAAGGUAUUUGUAUUCCAAAAGUUGAUGAUUUUCAGAAAAAAGAAAUAAAAUCAGCUAAAGAUAUUUCAUUUUCUAAACCAGAGGUUGAUCCUAGUCUGAAUGACCAUGAUAUUGAAGAAAUUCCAGCUGUUGAGUUUUCAAAACCAGACAUUGAUGUCAGUCUUCCACGGGUUGAUUUAUCCAUUCCAGAAGUUUCUUUCGAUUUAAAAGAGGAUGUGAAUUUCACAAUUUCAAAGGAUGAUGCGGAACAUAAAGAUCUAACAACUGGUGGUACACCAGUAAAGUUUAAACUCCCCUCUAUCAACUUACCAAAAUGUGGUGGGAAAUCAUCCAAGGUAGUGAAAGACAUGCCCUUUGUAGAUAUAGAUAAUGAAGAACCUGAUGUAAGCCUUCCAGAAACACAAAUAAGCAUGGAACUCAAAGAUGGUGCCCCAUCAGGUGAUGUCAAGGAUUAUUUUGUGACUACAGAAGGUCAAUGUGUUAGUGUAGACAAGGAGGUUACAGUUACAGUCCAAAAAUAUGGCAUUAGCCUUCCAAAGGUUGAAGCCUAUAAGCCAGCUGAUAGUAUUGACAAAGAAGAAUCGAUGAUGGACAUCAAAACAUUUAAUGCAGAGUCUGACCGGACUGAGAAAGGUCCAAGAUCUCCAACAAAAAGUACACUUCCCACAAUUCAAUUUGGUGUCUUAUUUCCAAAACCAACAGAUGCAGUCUUUGACAAUAAAAUGCAUGAAGUCACCACAGAUGAACCCACCAUGGAAAUAAAAGUUCCAGAAGCCAAACUGACUGGAGAAGUGCCAUCAUUAACUGAAAUGAAAACCCCACAAAUUAUUUCCAGUGUUUCAAAACCUGAAGUGGGUGUAUCUAGACCAGAGGUAGAAAAGGGUUUUGAUGCACACUUUGAAAAGUGUACAUCAUUUUCUAAACCAGAGGUUAAUGUGAGCCUUGUAGGUCAUGGUCUUGAUCAAGAAGAAACUAUAGAAGAUUCGAAAGUGCAAGACGAGAAACUUGAGAUGGGAGUCAAAGUUUCUUCAGGUACAGUAGAUGUAGUCAUCCCAGAGGCUAAAGAAAAAGAAAAACUUAAAAAACGUAAAAUUUCAUUUCCAAAAUUUGGCUUUUCCAAAUCUGACACUAAGAUCCCUGAUGCUAACACCAGUCUUCAAAAAGGGGGAGUAUCUAUGCCAGACACUGAGAUCAAAGAGACUGAGGUGACGAUCCCUGCUCCAGAGGUUGAAGUCCAGUUGAAAAACAAAAGUGCUUCUGGUUCUCCAUCUAAAUUCAAGCUUCCAACAAUUUCUCUCCCUAAAUAUGACUUUUCCAUUUCAAAGACGGCAGAAGAAUCAAUUGCAAAAGCUGGUGAUGAUGCACAGUCAGAAAUAAAGGCAACAUCAACAGUUGCAUCACAAGAUAAAGAAAUAGAACUAUCGAAAUCAAUUAUUGAAACCAUACCGGUAGAUGCUGAAAUUAAAAUUCAAGACACAGAUCCUGGAGGUCAAGGGAGUAGAUUUAUGAUGCCAAAAUUUGAAUUUUCAUUUGCAAAGCUAAAGGGACCAGAAUUUAAAAAGGGCGCACCAGACGCUACUCUGAAACAUGACGUUGAGAGUGCUGAGGGAAAUGAAGACAUACCCGAGGCUCCUUUGAAAAUGGAGGUAACGAUGAAAAAGCCCAAAGAGCCAAGCUCAGAGCAUGCAUUUUCUAAACAAGAGAUUAAAGGUCCAGAGAGUCAUGUUGAGAGAAGUGAUCUACCAUCUAUGGCAGUUGGUGAAGUGGAUGUGAAUCUUGAGUCUGACUUAAAAGAUGAUUCAACCACUGGAGGGUCACCAUUCAAAUUCAAACUUCCUUCUUUCAAGCUACCCAAAUUCGGAAGUUCAUCUUCCAAAGUAAAAACUGAAAUAACAGAUUGGAGGGGUGAGGAAAUUACUUUGGAGGCUGAAGAGACAUUUACAUCAGUAGAAGCGUCAGAUGUAAAAAUUGACUUUAAUGUGCCCAGUCAAGAGCUGAAGAAACCCUCAAUCAGUGUUGAUCAGCCAAAGCUAGACACUGGAGAUCAAUACACCAUGUCACUUACAGAGGCCAUCACAUCAAAGGCAGAAGUUGAUAUUUCUUUACCAGAGACAAAACUCGGGGAACUGUCAGCUGGAGCUGAAGUACCACAAGCUAAAGCAGAAAGCAAAAAAGAUCAAGAAGUUGAUUUAAAAGACCCAGAUAUAAAAAUGAAAAGAACAGGCUUUUCAUUUCCUAAAUUCGGAUUUUCCAAACCCGAUGUCAAGACCCCAGAGACUGAUGUCAAUCUUGCACAAGUUGUUAUAUCUGAACCAGAAGGUGAUGUGAAAAUAAAAGAACAAAGUAUGAAUAUCACAGUGUUAAAUGUUGAGGCUCAGGAAAAAGAUACGACAACUUUUGGUGCCACAACGACAUUUAAACUCCCCUCAAUCAACAUCCCAAAAACUGGAGGACAAGCCAUGAAGGAAGAGAAAGCUAUGCCAGAUGUAGGUAUAGCUGUUAAAGAACCUGAAAUGAGCGGUCCAUAUACACAAAUAAAAAUAUCAUCAGCUGAUAUAAAGGGACCUCAUCUAGCCACAGAGGGUCAAUCUGUAAGUCUUGACUUAAAGGUUGAAGAUGCUGAACUUGGAAGACUUGGGGGAGAGCUGAAGAUGCCGAAGAAGGGUAUUGACCUUCCUAAAGUAAAAGGGUUUGAUUUAAGUGCAUCAAAGACAGAAGAAAUAGCUGAACUACAGGAAAUCGAUCUUAAAAAAACAGAGAUAGCAACCGAGGGGAAAAUUCACCCACCAGAACAUGAUUUUAAAGGCCUAGAUGUACAGAUAAAAACAUUACCUGAAUUUGGGGUUUCAAAAGCAGAAAUAAAAGCCCCUGAGGUUGAUGUAAGUCUCCAAAAAACUGAUAUCCCCAUAUCAGAAGGCAGUAUGGGCCUAGAAGAAGCAAAAAUGGACAUUGAAGUGUCAAUGGAGCCUGAUCAAAAGGGUUCAACAUUUUUUGGAUCUCCAACCAAGUUUAGACUCCCUUCUUUUAGCUUCCCGAAAUUUGGUGUUAAAUCACAAAAAGGAGCAUUAGACAUUAAUGUAACUGAUUCAGAACUAGAGGAAACAAAUAUAAAAAGUGAUAUUUCUAAAGCUGACGUCAAACUAAAAGUACAGCCACCCAAAAAUGAAUCUGAAGUUGAAAAGAGUGCAGACAUGCCUGAGGUUGAUUCCAAAGGACAGCAAGUAAAAGCGAAAAGAUCUAGUUUUUCAUUUCCUAAGUUUGGAUUUUCCAAACCAAACACUGCAACUCCAGAAGUUGAUGUCAGUGUAGAAAAGGUUGAAGUAUCCAUACCAGAGGGUAAUGUACCAGUAAAAGAACAAACAGCAGAAGUUACAUUUCCAGGAAAGGAAGCUGAACAGAAAGAUCUAACAAUUGUUAGUUCCCCAACCAAAUAUAAACUGCCAGAAGUUAACCUGCCAAAAUUUGGAGUCAAAACGUCAAAAGGUACAGCAAGUUUACCAUCAGCAGAUAAGGACAUUACAGGAAUAGAAAUUACUAGUCAUGAACCUGACAUCAAGGUGUCAGGAAAAAUACCAAAAAUUGAAAGAGAGACAGAUAUACGUGCCACAAUAAGAGAAACCGAUGUUCAUCUAGCAGAAGGUAAGGUAAUACUACCCCAACCUGAUGUUGACGUUCAAGACAUAUCCAUUGAAGGCGAGGUAGAUAUACCUGAAGUUGACUUGAAAGGGCUUGAUGUGAAAUUGAAGAAGCCAGGCUUUUCACUUCCAAAAUUUGGUUUUUCAAGGCCAGAUAUUAAGGGUCAUGAUGUUGAUCAGGCCAGUCAAGAUGACCAAGAUGCAGAAGUGAAAAAACAAGAAGAUCCAACUCAUCCAAAAUUUAACCUUCCCUCAAUCAACCUCCCAAAGUUUGGAAUCAAAGAUCCAAAGUCCACAUCUGAUAUACCAGCAGCUGAAGUAGAUUUAAAAAAACCUGAAAUCAGUUUCUCUGAAACAAUAGAGGUACAAACCAAUGACACAGAAACAAACAUCGAUAUUCAGGGGCCUACUGUAAAUGUGGACAUUAAGGUCAAAGAGAUGGACAUUGAGGGGACGGGGAGUAAGUUCAAGCUGCCAAAAUUUGGAAUUGGUAUGCCAAAAGGAAAGGAGAUGGGGAAAGAGGGUAAAGAGAUAAACACAGAGACUGGCUUGCUAUGUGAGGAAAAAGUUAAUGUACAACAGCCUGAUGUUGCAAUUCAAAGUGUGACCAUUGAGGGGGAAACAGAUAAAGUUGAAGUUGAUUCCAAAGGGCUGAAAGUGAAACUUCCCCAAUUUGGAUUUUCAAAACAAGAUCUUAAGGCUCCUGAAGUUGAUGUGAGUCUACCCAAACCUGACAUGGGCACAUCACUGGGAACUGUUGAUUUUUCAAAGGAAUCUGUGGAUAUUAAAUUACCAGAAGAACAACCUGAUUUGAAAAAGGACACUUUUAGCUCUCCAACAAGAUUUAAACUUCCAACAAUCAACUUCCCCAAAUUUGGAACCAAAACAUCAAAGGACACAGUUGACAUUCCUACUGCAAAUGUGGAGAUUGAUGAAGUUAGCCUUCCCGAAAAGACUUUUAACGUGUCAGGAGACGUAGCAAGUGUUGACAUGAAAGAGCAAACAGAAAAUGUUGAAGAUCCAUCCAUUGAGAUGAACAUUAAAAGCAAAUUUAAGCUUCCAAAAUUUGGUAUUGCUCUCCCAACAACUAAAGGUCCUGACAGUGACCAAGAGCUCAAGAAAGCUCUGACAAAAACAGAAGUGAAAAUGUCAGGAGAUGUGCCAACUACAGACAAGAAAGAGCUAAAGUUACCCAAAGGAACAGUGGAAGUGGAUAUGCAAGCCAGUGAAAUGACAACAGAUAUUUUAAUACAGGGCACUGCAGAAAUUGGAGAAAGUGAGAGAGAUGGCAAAACUGAAAUAACAAGUCCACAAUUUGGCUCUCCAACAAAAUUCAAACUCCCAGAAAUAAAAUUACCCAAAUUUGGAUUUUCCGCUCCAAAGGUCACUGAUGCACCUGACUCUGACAUCAAGGAAAUUAAAGUUAGUUCAGUGGAUUAUGAGAUAAAGACAUCAAAAGUGGACCAAUCAGAUGACAUCAAAUGCAAAACUGCAGAGAUUGAAACCCCAUCUAUUGAUAUGACCAUAAAAGCAAAAGAGAUUAAUCAAGAGGGACAGGAAACUAAAUUUAAACUUCCAAAAUUUGGGAUUUCAUUACCCAAAGUAAAAGGUCCUGAGGUAACUGCAAAAGAAGUAAAAACAGGAACACUUGAAAUUGGAAUAAAAGAACCAGAAAUUAAAACUGCAGCAGAGGAUGCAAGUCUCCCAAAAGUAGCCAUGGCUUUAGAGGGAAGUUCCAGCCUUGAAAAAACAGAGGUAGAGACAGAGUUGAAAGAUGAUACCAUUGUUGUUUCAGGUUCUCCAAGUAAAUUCAAAAUGCCUGCUUUUAAAAUGCCAAGAUUUGGAAGAACAUCUGAUGCAAAGGGGAAAGAAGUAGAAGUAGAUGUUCCAGACACUAAAACUGAUCUAAAUAUUAAAGACAAGCCUUUACAAGUAGAAGUCUCCAAAGAUAUGCACAGAGAGGGUGAAAUUAAAGAAACCACUGAACAGCCUCCAGAGGUUGUUGUAAAAAAAACGGAGGGUGACAAAGGCUCCCCGAGUAAAUUCAAACUUCCUACUAUGAAAAUGCCAAAGUUUAGCAUUUCAAGAACAAAAUCUCAGGAUGGAGAAGAUGACACAACCGUAAAUGCAAAUGCCCCAGACACUAAAACACAAGCAAAAGAUGAUUCACAAGGGACUGGAAAGUCACCCAGAUUUACAAUGCCAAGACUUGAGGAUGUUCUCAGUGGCUUUGAGGUUGAAUUUAAUGUUCCAACAAUAGAGGAAAAGGAAGGACAAAUGGAAAAAACAUCUGUUAAGCAAGACCAGGAGGCUGGAGAAAAAGUUGAGGAAGUAGCAGAACUGAAAGACAAAGGAGCGCAGGAGAAAUCAAAGUUUAAAUUUAAAUUUCCAAAAUUGGGAUUCAGCCAGUCCUCAGAUGAAAGUGAUAAGUUAGUCGACGCCAAAAUUGAAGAAAGUGAAAAACAUCUGGAGGCUUCAGCGGAUCAGAAAUCCGCUGUUAGCAAAGAACAAGCAAAAACUGAAAAAGGAGGCUGGUUCAAGUUCUCAUUUUCUUCUCCAACCAAAUCUACAAAAUCUGACGAGAAGGAACAAACAAUCCAACCACCAGAAGAGCCUGAGAAGUCUGAUGAUGUAGAGAAAGAAUCCAGCAAGGCACACGAGGAACCAGAGAAGAGCUUGCUCAGCGAGGCUGUGGAGGACAACAUCAGCCCAACAUUAUCACUAAGGUCAUCUGAAGCCUUUGCAGAUAUAAGUUCCACAGUAACUGAACAUGUGGGCCUGUCGCAGACCUCUCCUACAAAAGUUAAAGUGAAAUAUGCUGAACCAACUGCCACUAUUGGGGUCAAAGAUGUACAAACUAAUGUUGUAACUUCCACAGCCAGAUGUGAAAUGAUAUCAAUGGAGCCUCAACACCAGCCAGAAAAAGUCAACAUCCCAUUUUCAUCAGAUAUGUCCUCACCCUCAGUGGACACUCUGAAACAGAUGUCAGGGGAAAUUCAUGUCAUCACAUCGAACAUUCAAGCUAUACCAGACACACAGCAAGCAGCAAUCUUUACUAAUCUAGACGCCCAUGGAAUUCACACCUCACCAUUGCAAGUAACACUAGGCUCAGACUCUGUGUUGACAGUAGAGGAAACCAGAGUGCAAUGUGGGAAGCAAACAUUGGUGGAAAAGCACGUUGUGAAAGAAACAUUACAUGACGAUAACGAGACGAUAAUUGUGACACAGAGAACACGUGUAUUUGAAGGAGACUCUGCAGAACCCAUUUGUGAUGAUACGGCUUCCUCGAUUCGUAGGCUGAGAGACACGGUACACACUGAGAAAAUGAGGUUUUUCGACAGUGCAGCAACAACUGAAGAGGUCACAAUAGUGAGCUAUGAAACAUCUCUAAGACAUAUGGAUUCCUCAACAGAUGAGAAUGAGGGGAAAUGAACAUGACAUAUGGCUGAGUUUAUUUUAUGCUUUUGAAUGUAUGUUUCGGUGUUCUCUUAUAUAAUCAUACAAGCCAGCUGAAUUGAAAUGCUAAUUGACUUACUUAUGAACAUAUCACAGAGUAUUGUUUAGCUAGUGAAGAUUUUAAGCAAAUUAUGUAUGUAAUAUGAAUAAUAGGAAAAAAAUAUUAUAUUAUCAUUUGAUGUGUGGGUUAUCAGUGCACUUUAUUGUACAACUGUUAUCUUGGGGAAAUUGUUUACAGUGCAAACUCAGUAAUAUUCAAGCAAACAACAUUUAAAUAGAUAUAUUCACAAAUAAAAUUAAUUAUAAAGUUGGUGUGGCUUUUAAAGAAUGUUGACAGUAUCACAUAUUGAGGCAUUUGUUUCUUUGAGGUUAUUUGUUUUGAGAAAACUAUAAAAUUGCAUAUAAAAUCUGUGUUUCUGCAGCCUUGACAAUAAAUGAAAGCAAAUAUGUAAAUGUUUUAUUUGCCUAUCCAUUAUCUUUGUAAGCUUAUGACAAAAGCGUUUGAUGGAAUCAAUAGAUUUGCAAAAUAUACAAUGCACAUUUUCAAAAUACAAUCAUUUUCUCAAUAAGCAAUGACUUUUCAUUUAACAUGUAUUGUCAAAUGAAUGUUGUAAGAGAAACACUAGUCACUGCAAAAGAAAUAAAAAAGUGAAAAUAUGU